AUGGCUACUCGAGGUGUCUUUCAGCUACAAAAAUUGUCAUUAUUCUACUGUGAACACGGCGGUUCUUCCAAGGCCGUCCGAGAUUUUCUGGCAUCUGGCAAAUUGAUUGAUUGGGCUCGCGAACGCCCCCACUUGAAAAUCAAUGUCCGAGUCCGUAAUGGCAAGCACCCAUUCGUCAAGGCCGACUAUUUGACAUCUGUCAACGAUAAUAUUCAUCAAAUUUGUGUCAAAAGCAACGAUGCCAAAUCACCAGAUAUUGAAGAAGUAUUGAAUCAAUUAUAUAACCGUAGUGGACGAAAAGCCAAGAGAUUCACCCAGCCCGUGUACUCCCAGACUCCCAGUAUCCAAGGAGUAUGGACACCUGCGUUGGAUUUGCACCUGACUCCAAAAUUUCCCAUGAAGAUUCAAGAUUAA